UGGAUGCUCUUACUGCUCCUUUUUUUUUUCUCUCUUCUUCUUUUUUAAGCGUGUUUACCAAAGCUAGAGGUGCCCACUGAAGCAUUACAAAUGACCACUCCCCCAUAACAGAGCCCCAUCCCGCACCAACCUGGAGGAGAGAGAGAGAACUACAUCACUGGCCCUGAUCCUCACAGCGUUGGUCGCCAUCCAUCCCCUCUCCUCCUGUACCAUAACAGAUGGUGGGAACAACAUUGCAUCCACCGGGUACCACAACAAUAGACCGCAGCAUCGCGUCCAGACAUCACUGGCCUUCCACCAUCAUGCACCUAGUCCAGGACUGCGCGAGGCUGUGAGUGCCGUCGUGAUUUAUUUCACGCGGUACCCACACCACGGCCACGGAGGAACCUUCUUGCUACUGUUUGGGCUCUCUCUCCAUCGAGAAGGGGGAAGAUGGCCGCUAUGAAAAUAUUAACAGGCACAGGGCUCUUCUUGGCUUUCUGUGCGCUGGGGCUGCUGGCCAUGGCGAUCUGCACCGACUACUGGUACGAGACGGACGCCAGGAGACACCGGGAGAGGUGUAAAAACUAUGCCAACAAGAGGAACGACCCGGGUUACAUCUACAUUUCCAACCACAACCUCCCCCUCCAGAUGCCUCCAAGACGCGUGGAGAGGAAAGGUAACGGCCCAGAUGUGAGUGCUCUGAUCCGGGUUAAACGCCACUUUCUGGCCGCAGCCUCAGCCAUGGAGUCUCACUGCAGCCGCCAGUUCAACUCCACCAUCUCCGGCCUGUGGAGGAAGUGUCACCGGGAAGGAUUCGACCUGGAGACCGAGGACCUUAUUUACAAAGGAAUAAUUCAAAGGUGUACGCCAGUCAAGUAUCACUACUCCUCCUCCAUUCUCCCAAGAAAUUUACCCAUCAACAUCACAAAGACCAUACGGCAGGACGAGUGGCAUGCACUCCAUCUAAGAAGAAUGACGGCUGGCUUUGUUGGCAUGGCCGUGUCCAUCAUUCUUUUUGGCUGGAUCAUUGGAGUGCUGGGAUGCUGCCAACAGCAUGACCUCAUGCAAUAUGUAGCUGGGCUACUCUUUCUCAUGGGAGGAACAUGCUGCAUCAUCUCCCUCUGCACAUGCGUGGCAGGAAUCAACUUUGAGUUGUCCCGCUACCCGCGCUACAUGUACGGCCUCCCGGAGGACAUUAGCCAUGGUUAUGGCUGGUCUAUGUUUUGUGCCUGGGGGGGCCUCGGUCUCACAUUGCUGGCUGGCUUCCUCUGUACCUUGGCCCCCUCCCUGAGCACACCUGCUCGCACAACAACCCACAAGCCAAGGCAAGAAAAUGGAACCGUGUGACAGGACGGGUCCGCGGCAUCGUGAAGUGACUGACCCACUGAACGCACAAGCCACACCCCCCCAACCGUGAUGUUUAACUCUGAAACAGUUUUUGUCUCAUCACCGUCUCACGACACCUUCAACCUCGCCAUCCCCUUCAGUGUUCAGUGUGCCUGAGAUGUGACAGAAGGAGCAAAGUAACAAGUAUUCACAGCCCUUUCGAAAUCCCAGAGGAAACUCCAUGAACACUGAGAGUAACACCGUAACAUGUGACUGGGCCAUGGCUCUCUCUCUCGCACAAAUAAGACUUUUUUUUUUUCUGUUGUGGUCUUUAACAUGCUGACUUUAUGGAGAUCAAAAAGUGACAGUUUUCUCUGAAGAGAAUUUGUCUUAAAAUGGUGCUCUGUUUAAUCCAUAUGCCACAUAGAGACAAGCACACACACACACACACACACCAGCACAUAAUUUUCCACACACACUCAACCACUCUGGAUGAAUCAUGAGAGAAAUCCUCCUAAAGGAACAAACACAAACACCAGGCCAGAGCAUCUUGUCAGCAUUCCUCUUUCAGUCAAGUGAUGCGUGCUGUGUUAUUGUUCAUUAUGAAAAAAAAAAUUCUGGCGUUGACUGCCCAUCGCUUAUCUUUAGUGUAGCACACUUACUGAUAUGAGACAUAAGCCCCGGGGGUAGACGUCUGCAGCCUCUGCAGAGCACAGUAUGGAUCGAGCAGUGUGGUCAGUACGAUAAAAUACGCAGGAGCAAAUUUGCGUCAAAAAGCAAAUUAUUCUUUGAAGAUUCUGUAUGUACAAAAACGCAUCUCUAUGUAGAUCCUGAUCAUUGUUUGUGUAAAGUAGAUUUUGAAUAAGAAUGUUUGUUUUCUGUUUGUUUAGAGGUAACAAUGGCGUAUGCAGAGUGAGGAGUGCUGCAUCACGCAUGGAGGAAACAGAAGGAAAGAGUUAAACGGCAGCAUGAAUCCAAUAUAGGAUUCACUGAUGUUUUGUUGGACCAAACAAAAAAGAGUUCAGAAGUAAAACAAAGCAUUAAACCCCAGUAACUGCUGAGCUGUGACUUAAUGCUGCUGUGCUGUUACUGCUCUGACAGACCCAGUCUUUUGCUGACAGCUGUAUCAUAAUUUGACAAGCGCAAAACAAGAAACCAAACCAUGGAGGAAGUGUUUGAUUGCUCCAUUGUUUACCCCUAAUGUUGGUCAGCCUUUCUGUGUAAUACUCUGAAUACAAGCAAGCUAAGCAAUUUCAGGAGAAAAAAAAUGCAACUUCAGUGAUCCCACUUAAAACAGAAGCACAAGCUGUAUUAAAAAAAAAAGGAAAAAAACUCAUCUGCAC